AUGGAGUCGCUGAAGGGGAAAACGAGAGGAGAGGACUUGUAUGAACAACCGGGUGGGCCACCCCAGAUCCAGCACACAGAGGAGCACCACAUCCCCAACCUGGAGAGAGCACCACGACGCAUGAUACAAGCAGGGGCAGACAUGGAAGUCUGCCUGGCCUGUAAGUAUGGGCAUGUGGUGGCCCGGCAGCAGCGGCAGUGGCGGCAGGAGUCUGAGGCCACGGGAGAGAAGCGACAGAGGCCCCGGGAGAGAAGCGACGGAGGCCCCGGGAGAGAAGCGACGGAGGCCCCGGGAGAGAAGCGACGGAGGCCCCGGGAGACUCGCGGUGGAGGCGAACCCCUCCCCAGAGAUUGCAAGGCGCAGGUGUUCUGUUAG